AUGCAGAGCUUGAGAAAACCUCUCACUUUCCUCAUCCAAAUGAAAUGGUUUCAGUGGUCCAUAUGCAAAAUGGUUUAAAGGUCAUCAGAUGCAAGGCAGCAGUGUCCUGGGAGUCCAACAAGCCUUUGGUGAUAGAGGAUAUAGAGGUCGCCCCACCCCAGGACAACGAGGUCCGCAUCAAGAUUGUGGCCACUGCAGUGUGCCAUUCGGACCUUUACCAACUUUUUGAGAAUAAGCAUAAGGACGGCUUCCCAACAGUCCUCGGGCACGAGGCAGCUGGCAUCGUAGAGAGUGUUGGGCCUGGAGUCACUGAAUAUCGACCAG